AUGAGAGAAUUACCGAGGAAGGCGAAGGCAGUGGUGGUGGGAGGAAGCAUCGCCGGAUUAUCCUGCGCACACGCGCUGAUUGCCGCCGGGUGGGAAGUGGUGGUGCUGGAGAAAACAGGUGCGCCUCGAGCAGGUUGCGCUACCGGUGCAGGACUCGGACUCGAUCCUUUGGCUCAGAAAAUUCUCAGAUCAUGGCUCAAACAACCAGGCAUCCUCGAGCUUAACACUGUGCCGCUCACGAUCGAUCAAAAUGAAGCAACAGAUGGAAACAAGAACCGUGUGCUCACAAGGGAUGAGAACUUGAAUUUUCGAGCAGCACACUGGUCUGAUCUGCAUAGCCUUCUCCACGAGGCAUUACCAGCACAAACUGUUUGCUGGGGACAAAUGUUCCUCACCUUUUGCAUCUCCGAAGACAGAACUCAUGUCGAAGUAAAGAGCAAAGCUGUCCAAACUGGUGAUAUAACCAACAUUGUUGGUGAUUUGUUGGUAGCAGCUGAUGGUUGUCUUUCUCCAAUUCGCCAGAGCUUCUUACCCGACUUUAAACUGAGAUAUUCAGGCUAUUGUGCAUGGAGAGGAGUACUUGAUUUCUCAGACGAAGAAAAUUCGGAUACCAUUCUAGCACUUAAGAAGCCUUACCCUGAUCUUGGGAAAUGCUUAUAUUUUACCUUGGGACAAGGAACACAUACUGUCCUGUAUGAGCUCUUAAAUAAGAGGAUAAACUGGCUUUGGUAUGUUAAUCAACCAGAGCCAGAGUUGAAGGGAAGCUCAGUAACCAUAACAGUGAGUGAUGAUAUGGUUGAGAAAAUGCAUGAAGCAGCGGAGAAGAAUUGGGUACCUGAAUUGGUUAAAGUGAUGCGCGAGACAGAACAACCAUUCUUGAAUGUCAUAUAUGAUGGGGAGCCUCUAGAUAGAAUUGUUUGGGACAACGUGGCAUUGAUUGGAGAUGCAGCUCAUCCAACGACUCCUCAUGGUUUAAGAAGUACAAACAUGUCAAUACUGGAUGCUGCAGUUCUGGGAAAAUGUCUAGAGAAAUGGGGAGUUGAGAAUCUGAAUUCUGCUCUCCAAGAAUAUCAAUCCAUCCGUCUGCCUAUUGCCAGGGAGCAGGUCUUAUAUUCACGAAGACUCGGGCGCAUCAAACAAGGUUUAGACCUUCCGGAUCGCAAGGUCUUCGUUCCUGUAACAGCAAGGGAAGAAGACUGUGAAGAACUGCAGCAGAAAGCUAUGCCUUCCCUAAACGAGAUUCCUUCUAUUCUGGUUGCAGAGAGAUGAAGAACUCAAGGAGGAAGGCGAAGGCAGUGAUCGUGGGCGGCAGCAUAGCCGGGGUUUCUUGUGCACAUGCCCUGAUAGCAGCAGGGUGGGAUGUGGUGGUUCUGGAGAAGACCUCCAC